AUGGAUAAGAUUGGUAGUUUUCCUCCUCCUCCUCCAGCUUACUCUCAAGCAUUAAGAGAAGUACCACGGCUACCGAGCUGUUGUUUAUGCUGUAAUGUGCGCACUGGUACUAUGGUGCUUGCAGUCUACCAUAUCGAACUACUUGUAGUCCCUGAAACUACACACAACAUGCUUGAAAUCAUGUUGGAUCCGAUACUGAUACUGAAUGUUAUUGUCAUCGCCGCAACCAUCUAUGCUUUAGUUGCGAAAGAUCUAUUCGAUAUUGAAUCAAAACUUCAAAUUACUCCGACCUAUGCUGCUAUGACUAUAACAUUGGCUGUUGCGUUAAUCUUCAUAUCCGCAUCAUUAUUACAUGGAACUCGAAAGCACCGGCCCGGAUUACUAUUGCCUUUCUUUUGUGUCCAAGUUUUCGAUUUGGGUCUUGCUACCAUUAGCACGGUCUAUUACGCUACGGACUUUAGAUUAAUGCAUUUAAAAUUACAGGAAUUAUAUCAAGCUUUUAAUUUAGAUGAACUAUCUAUUAGCCAACCUGUCUUUAAUGGGGUUUUCAUCGGAACAACUGUAUUUCUGUAUCUAUUGAAGUUUUAUUUUGCGACAUGUGUGUGGAAAUGUUACAAGUUUUUGCAAAUAACCGAAAACUUACGUGGGCAACCGGAAUAUUAUUUGCAGGGACCUGCAGUAGCAGAUUCUAAGAUGAAGCUUCUAAGUGAAUCUCCACCGGCAUAUGAGUAA